UAGAAGCUUAAAUAAUGCCUGAGCCAGCGAAGUCUGCCCCAAAGAAGGGCUCUAAGAAGGCUGUCACCAAAGCUGCCGCUAAGGGCGGCAAGAAGAAGAGAAGGAGCAGGAAGGAAAGCUACGCAAUCUACGUGUACAAAGUACUGAAACAGGUCCAUCCCGAUACCGGAAUCUCAUCUAAGGCUAUGAGCAUCAUGAAUUCUUUCGUCAACGACAUCUUUGAACGCAUUGCUGGGGAAGCUUCCCGCCUGGCGCACUACAACAAGCGCUCCACUAUCACUUCCAGGGAGAUCCAGACUGCUGUGCGCCUUUUGCUGCCUGGUGAGCUGGCCAAACACGCUGUGUCUGAGGGCACCAAGGCUGUGACCAAAUACACCAGCUCCAAGUAAACGGCUAAGCUGUUUACAUCAAACCAACGGCUCUUUUAAGAGCCAAGCA